AUGUUGUCCCUUCUCGCCGUGGCCCCGUAUGCGGCGGGGCUGGUCUUCAUCUCUUUCGUCUACUUUUUGGCAUACCCAUACUAUGAAUAUCUCCGUGAUUCUAAAGGCCUUCGCAAAUACCCUAAUCUCUCUCCAUUCUCGGGGAUCUCGGCCCUCCCUUUCAUGUUCAUGGCCUCCCGAGGGUUCCGAUCUAUGGAACUCACCCAAUUGCACAAGAAACACCCGGUGAUUCGCACAGGGCCUAAUAUGCUUUCAUAUGGUGAUGUGCGAGCCAUCAAGGACAUAUAUGGUCACAACACCAAGUGUACUAAAGAUGCAUCCUACGCCGUCACGGCGGGAACGCACUUCAAUCUAGCGGACGUCGUCGAUAAGCCCGACCAUGCCAGAAAGCGCAAGGUUCUCUCCUCGGCCUACGCACUGAAGAACUUGGAGAGCUGGGAGUACAAGGUCACCGACAAGGUCCAGCGCAUGUUUAAGCAUUUCGAUGAAGUCUGCACUCUUGCCCCCAAGGAGGACGUCGCCUCGGAUAAAGUGGCACCCGAUCCCAAGGACCUGACUCUGGACCUCCGUGCCUGGACCAAUUUCUUCACUCUAGACGCCAUUGCUGAUAUUGGACUUUCCGAGAAACUGGGCUUCCUGGAUAACGGGAAUGACAUGGUCGUGGCUCAGCGGAGGGACGGCACCACUUACACGACCAGUCUCCGUGAAGCUCUGUACCCCACGGCCCGCAAGCAAUCUCUCAUCCUGUGGAACUAUGAAUGGUACCCCGUGCUCGACAAGCUGGUCAACGUGAUUCCCUUCUUCGGCCGCAUGGCCACAUCGGCAACCAACUGGGACAACAUCAUGUGGCGCCGAGGCAGCGAGCGACUCCAGCGAUACGAGGCCGGUGAGAAACUGGAUGACUUCUUCCAGGCGCUGAUGGAAGACAAGAAUGGCAACCCGAACAACCUAGAAUGGGGCGAGGUGAUUGCCGAGUGUAACAUCAUGAUGAACGCCGGCAGCGUGACGACAGCCAUCGCCAUAACGAAUGUCAUGUACCAACUUCUCCGCAACCCACGAUGCCUGUCCAAACUGCGCGAGGAAGUCGACGCCGUCCUCGACGAAGAGGACGUCGUGGCGGACUACGACAAGGUCAAGCAUCUCCCCUAUCUCCGCGCCUGUCUCGACGAGUCUCUUCGUAUCUUCCCGCCCACCUCUCACGGUCUCCCUCGUGAAACGCCCCCCGAAGGCACGAACAUUCUGGGUGAGUGGGUCGCCGGUAACACCUCUGUCAGCAUGUCGGCACUAGUCGCACACCGUGACGAAGGUGUCUUCCCCAAUGCCGACCAGUACAUUCCCGAACGGUGGCUCGGGGAAGAAGGCAAGGCGCUGCAGCCCUAUCUGAUUGCCUUUUCGGCCGGUGCCCGGUCCUGCAUUGGUCGUAAUAUUUCCUACCUAGAGCAGACCAAAGCGAUUGCGUCUAUGGUGCAUCGAUAUGACUUUGCGUUGGCGCAUCCGGGCUGGGAGUUGAAGCGGUUGGAAACGAUGAAUUUGAUUCUGAGGGAGAUGCCGGUGAAAAUUUGGCGGCGGAAUUUGGGAGUGACUGAGGCAUAG